AUGGACGCUCUACUCACCCAAGAAUUAUCACACUUCAUCAUUGGAACUCUUGUGGGCAAGUUGAUCCAUCUCAAUGUGUUUAUUCGCCGCGAGUGGCAUAAGUCGGCUCCUACCAUUUUCAUACUUCACGCUUCAUCCGCCAUGAUCCUGCUUAUUGCUAGGUGCUUGGUCGCGGAUGACGAAGCCAUGAAGAUGGUCACGGGAACCACAAUGGUCUUCUUGGGAUACAUCACUGGGCUCAUGACGAACAUGACAUUAUACAGGGUCUAUUUCCAUCCCCUUGCGAAUCAUGGCUUCAAGGGACCACGGUACGCCGGGAUGACCAAGCUUUGGCAUUCCUGGGCAGCUAGAGAUGGACAAAACCACCUGCUACUGGAGAGCCUCCGUCAUCAGUAUGGUGAUUUUGUGAGAACAGGCCCUGCGGAGCUUACUGUCUUCCACCCAGCGGCCCUUGCAGCUAUCAAUGGACCCAAGUCGACCUGCAUCAAGGGCGAGUGGUACGACAUCUUCUAUCCGAAUAUGCAAUCUAUAGUUACGUGCCGGGAUAAGGCGGACCAUGCAGCACAUAGGCGCGAGUGGAACCGGGCGUUUCUUCCUGAUGCCCUUGCACAUUAUGGCGAUGUAUUCUCGAACAACCUGGAAGCGCUAGAGGUCUACCUAGAUUCUUGCGCCAAAGACAACCAGCCUUGCGAGAUGCGCGAUCUUCUACUUUGGUUCAGUUUCGACGUCAUGGGCGAACUAGUUUUCAGCACUUCUUUUGGCAUGGUGCGGAACAAAACAUGGCACCCCAUUGUUCGUCAUGUAAAAGAAGGCCUUCACCUUAUAGGUCUCCUCAGUGCUGUCCCUUGGCUCACGCAAAUCGGCUUCAGGUUAGCACCGCCUGUCAGUAUCAUACGAAAUUGGCACGGGCUGGUGGAUUACUGCAAAAACAUAAUUCACCAGCGCAUUGAGAAAAACACCAAUGGUCAAGCCGGACACGACUUUAUGCAUUACAUGUUGCUGCAGCAAGAAAGGUUUGGGGAUAAUGGCGGACCUUCAUGGCUUGUAGGCGAUACUUUGAUGAUGCUCGUGGCAGGCAGGCAAGUUAGAUACUCACGCCCUUCCCUGAUUCCUCAUCUUUUUGGAACUUCCAUGUUGUUUAUUCUAUACAAUUUGGUCAACCAUCCCCACCACGCUGAGUUGAUCUACCAUGAAAUAGAAGGUAUUGAUAUCGACGAUAACAAAGCUCUGAGUCAGCUAAGUCAUUUGAAUGCUGUCAUUAAUGAGUCUUCUCGCUUGGGUCCGUCAAUACCCACUGGUGGAAAUCGAAAAACUGGGCCAAUGGGCCUUAUGAUUGGCCAGACCUAUAUCCCUCCGGAAACGACCAUAGUGGCUCCACGUUAUUCUAUCUUUCGAAGAGAAGAUUGUUUUGAAAAGGCAGAUCAAUUCAUACCUGAACGAUGGACUACACGUCCAGAAAUGGUUCGUGAUUCAACUGCCUUCAAGCCAUUUGGAAUGGGGGAUACCUCAUGUCUGGGUCGGACCUUGUCACUUCGCAUACUACGUCGAGUCAUUGCGCAGCUCGUCAAGAAAUACGAAUUUCGGUUUGCUCCAGGGGAAAUUGGGUGCCAUGUAUACGGGGAUCUCGCUGAUCAUUUCUCGGCGACCCCUGGUCAAUUGCACCUGUGUGUCAAGAUUCGGGAGCAACAGUGA